CCCCGCGCCCCCGGGGCCAUGUUCCAGGGCUUCCCCGGGGACUACGACUCGGGCUCCCGCUGCAGCUCGUCGCCCUCGGCCGAGUCCCAGUACCUGUCGCCGCUCGACUCCUUCGGGAGCCCCGCGGCCGCCGGGGCCGCGCAGGAGUGCGGUGGCCUUGGGGACAUGCCCGGCUCCUUCGUGCCCACGGUGACGGCCAUCACCACCAGCCAGGACCUGCAGUGGCUGGUGCAGCCCACGCUCAUCUCCUCGGUGGCCCCGGGGGCUGCCAUGGCUCAGCCGCCCCCCCUGGACCCCUACGACCUCCCCGGGCCCAGCUACUCCGCGCCCGGGCUCGGCGCCUUCGCGGGACCCCCGGCCCCGGCCCCGACCCCCGCCCGCGCCCCCCGAGCGCGGCCCCGGCGCAGCCGCGAGGAGACGCUGACCCCCGAGGAGGAGGAGAAGCGGCGCGUGCGGCGCGAGCGGAACAAGCUGGCGGCGGCCAAGUGUCGGAACCGGCGCCGGGAGCUCACGGACCGGCUGCAGGCGGAGACGGACCAGCUGGAGGAGGAGAAGGCGGAGCUGGAGUCGGAGAUCGCGGAGCUGCGCAAGGAGAAGGAGCGCCUGGAGUUCGUGCUGGUGGCGCACGCUCCCGCCUGCAAGGUCCCGUUCGAGGACGUGGCCGCCGGCCCGGCCGAGGUGAGCAGCCCGGGCAAGGCGGGGACCGUCGCCUUCCUGCCCCCGGCGCCGUUCCAGGGCCCGCAGGGUCCCUUCCCCGGCUGCUGCGCCCCCGCGGGACCCCCUAACGCGACCCCCGCGUUUGUGUUCACCCACCCAGAGGGAGCCACGUGUGGAGCCUCGCACCAGCGGAGCAGCAGCAGCGACCAGUCCUCGGACUCCUUGAAUUCUCCCUCGCUCCUCGCGUUGUGAACGGGCAGCCCCCUCCCCAAUCCCCGAUCCGUCCCGGCCGACCCCUCCUCGAGCCGCGCAUUGAGCCCCCACCCCCCCAAAAAAACCAAAAAACCCCAAAAAUCCAAAAAACAAAACAAAAAAAAAAUUCGGAAAAAUGGGAAAAUUCUGAAAAUUCGGAAAAAAUUUCGGAAAAAAAUUCAGGCGCCUCCUCCCUGCCCCCGCCGCGCCUCGGGGUUGGGCUUUGCCCUCCUCGAUUUAUUAUUUUAUUUUUUUUUUGGGUGUUUUUCCCAGCUCUGAUGUUUUUUUUUGGGGGGAGGUUGGGAGGGGUUUUUGGGGUUUUGGCGCUUGGAGGUGGCGGCCGUGAUGAGGCUGUGCCCGGUCCUUGUCACCCGGUGGGGGCUCAUCCAGGAUCUGUGUCACUGUGGGGAUGUCCCUGCUGUGUCCCCAAUGUCCGGAGAAGGUUCUGGGCCACCUCAGAGGUGUCCCCCCCUCAUUUCAGGGGGACUUCUGUCCCUCUGGGGAUGUCCCUGCUGUGUCCCCAAAGCCCGAAGAAAGUUCUGGGCCACCCUAGAGGUGUCCCCGCCUCAUUUCAGGGGGUUCUCCACCCCUCUGGGGACAUCUCUACUGUGUCCCCACUGCCCGGAGAAGGGUCUGGGUCACCUCAGAGGUGUCCCCAACCCAUUUCAGGGGGACCUCUGUCACUCUGAGGGUGUCCCUGUCCUGUUCCCAACGCCCGAGGAAAGUUCUGGGCCACCUCAGAGGUGUCCCCAACUCAUUUCAAGGGGACCUGUGCCACUCUGGAGAUGUCCCUGCUCUGUCCCCAAUGUCCAGAGAAGGUUCUGGGUCACCUCAGAGGUGUCCCCAACUCAUUUCAGGGGGUUCUCUGUCCCUCUGGGGACAUCCCUGCCCUGUCCCCAAUGCCCGAAGAAAGUUCUGGGCCACCCUAGAGGUGCCCCCACUCAUUUCAGGGGGACCUUUGUCCUUCUGGGGACAUCCCUGUCCUGUCCCCAAUGCCCCAAGAAGCCUCUCGUGGUGUCCCUGUCACCUGUGAGGUGUCCCCCCCUCAAUUCAAGGGGACCUCUGUCCCUCUGAGGAUGUCCCUGCCCUGUCCCCAAUGCCCGAGGAAAGUUCUGGGUCACCCUAGAGGUGUCCCCAGCUCAUUUCAGGGGGACCUCUGUCCUUCUGAGGGUGUCCCUGUCCUGUCCCCACUGCCCCGAGAAGCCUCUCGUGGUGUCCCUGUCACCUCAGAGGUGUCCCCAACUCAUUUCAGGGGGUCUCCGCCCCUCCGGGGGUGUCCCUGCGCCACCUCCGUCCCCCCGGGGAGGAGUUUUUGUCCCCUCCGUCCCCUCCGGAGGUCCCCGCGGGGCUUUGGCGCUGUCCUUGUCCCCUCGGUGCCACUCCCAGCACCUGGGGAAGGUGCCCGCGGUGUCCCUGUCACGUCGGAGGUGCCACCCCCCCGAUCCGGGGGUGUCCCCGCCGCGUCUCCGUCCCUGUGGAGAUGUCCCAGCCCGGUCCUGGUGGCACUCGCGACACCCGCGGUGUCCCCAGCGCCACCCCGUGCCCAACCCCGGUGUCCCCUGGAGGGUCCCGGUGCCAUCUCCACCCCCUUUGGAGAAGCCACCACCGCGUCGCUGUCCCCUCCCGGAAGGUCCCCGUGUCAUUUCUGCCCCUCUGGGGACACCCCGUGUCCCCCCCCCCCCAUUUCGGAGGUGUCACUUUGUCACCUCCGCGUCCCCCCCUGGGCCUCCAGGUGACCGCUCCACGUCACCUCUGUCACCUGCGGGACCCCCCCAGGGUCACCCCCGCCCCCCAGGUGACCCCCCCAGGUGGGCUCCCGUCCUGCUCGCCCCUCCUGUCCCCUCCUGUCCCCUCCUGUCCCCUCCUGUCCCCGCCUGUCCCCUUCAGCUUCGCCGGCCUUGGCUCCCCCCCCCCACCCCGGUAUAUAAAUCUAUUUUUGUUGCGCGGGAGAUGUUUAAUUUUUUAUUAUUAUUAUAACGAGGAUAAUUAUUGUCGCCCUGUGCCGUGUUCGUGCCUGUCCGGGGGUGGCCCCGGGCCCCCCGUCCGCGCUCGCCCCCUCCCCAAAACGUGGCCAAUAAAGCAGC